AUGAUCUUACUCACAUUCAGCACUGGAAGACGGUUGGAUUUCGUGCAUCAUUCGGGGGUGUUUUUCUUGCAAACCUUGCUUUGGAUUUCAUGUGCUACAGUCUGCGGAACGGAGCAGUAUUUCAAUGUGGAGGUUUGGCUACAAAAGUACGGCUACCUUCCACCGAUUGACCCCAGAAUGUCGGUGCUGCGCUCUGCAGAGACCAUGCAGUCCGCCCUAGCUGCCAUGCAGCAGUUCUAUGGCAUUAACAUGACAGGAAAAGUGGACAGAAACACAAUUGACUGGAUGAAGAAGCCUCGAUGUGGUGUACCUGACCAGACAAGAGGUAACUCCAAAUUUAAUAUUCGUCGAAAGCGAUAUGCAUUAACAGGACAGAAGUGGCAGCACAAACACAUCACUUACAGUGAUGGAAGUGGGCCAUCCUAUCUUGUUUUGUCUUCAAGUGAAGGAUACCUAAGGGAUUUGAGUGUCUUUCAAGCUUGUGUGACAAUUGCUGUUCGUGGAAGUGUUCAUAUUUAUUCAUUGAACUACUGCUUAUUGAAUCCCAGAAAUGACUUAUUUCUUGUAGCAGUUCAUGAACUGGGACAUGCUCUGGGAUUGGAGCAUUCCAAUGACCCCACAGCCAUCAUGGCUCCAUUUUACCAGUACAUGGAAACUGACAACUUCAAACUACCUAAUGAUGAUUUGCAAGGCAUCCAGAAGAUAUAUGGUCCACCUGACAAGAUUCCUCCACCUACAAGACCUCUACCAACAGUGCCCCCACACCGCUCUAUUCCUCCGGCUGACCCAAGGAAGAACGACAGGCCAAAACCUCCCCGGCCUCCCACCGGCAGACCUUCCUAUCCUGGAGCCAAACCCAACAUCUGUGAUGGAAACUUUAACACUCUAGCUAUUCUUCGCCGUGAGAUGUUUGUUUUCAAGGACCAGUGGUUUUGGCGAGUGAGAAACAACAGGGUGAUGGAUGGAUACCCCAUGCAAAUUACUUACUUCUGGAGGGGGCUGCCUCCUAGUAUUGAUGCAGUUUAUGAAAACAGUGAUGGGAAUUUUGUUUUCUUUAAAGGUAACAAAUAUUGGGUGUUCAAGGACACUACUCUUCAACCUGGUUACCCUCAUGACUUGAUUACUCUUGGAAGUGGAAUUCCCCCUCAUGGUAUUGAUUCCGCCAUUUGGUGGGAGGACGUUGGCAAAACCUAUUUCUUCAAGGGGGACAGGUAUUGGAGAUAUAGUGAAGAAAUGAAAACCAUGGAUCCUGGCUAUCCCAAGCCAAUCACAGUCUGGAAAGGCGUCCCUGAAUCUCCUCAGGGAGCCUUUGUCCACAAAGAAAAUGGCUUUACGUAUUUCUACAAAGGAAAGGAGUAUUGGAAAUUCAACAAUCAGAUACUCAAGGUAGAACCUGGAUAUCCCAGAUCCAUCCUCAAGGAUUUUAUGGGCUGUGAUGGACCAACAGACAGAGAUAAAGAAGGACACAGCCCACCAGAUGAUGUAGAUAUUGUCAUCAAACUGGACAACACAGCCAGCACUGUGAAAGCCAUAGCUAUUGUCAUUCCCUGCAUCUUGGCCUUAUGCCUCCUUGUAUUGGUUUACACUGUGUUCCAGUUCAAGAGGAAAGGAACACCCCGCCACAUACUGUACUGCAAACGCUCUAUGCAAGAGUGGGUGUGA